AAUUAUGUGAUGUAAAAUUUUUAUGAACAAAAACAUAUGUGUAGGACUGUGAAUUCAAAGGGUUCUUUCCACACCAUGUAAACGAGCCUUCAUAUUUACAAAAUGUCAGUGUCGACAUAACCUAAAAAACUAAUAUAUUUCAAUUACGAUAUUUCGUGUGAAAAUUAGUGGGAUUUUACCUCAACAGCUGCAAAAUGAGUUCUCAAACUCUACCUGAAUUAUAAUUAUCAAUUAUUUUUCGUAAUAAUUCUUGAAAUGAACUCUUCAUUCUUCGAUUCUAAUAACUCAAGAGGACAUUUGUGCCCCACGUACAUGAUAACGGACUUAAUUCGUGAGGAUGUAUACUUGUAUUAAUUGCGGUGUGGAGGUCGAGGAGUUGUAUCGGCGAUACAGUCCUAGUGUCCUGAAAGUACUGAAAUGUACUAAUUGCGGAAGCCUAGCGGACAAAUACAUCGAGUACGAUCCAGCAAUAGUCCUGGUGGACCUGGUCCUUCUGGAGAAACCAGCAUACAGACACCUCCUCUACAACAGUAAAUUUGAAUCUUACUGGAAGCUCAUGGUAGUUCUUCUUCUGAGUGAAACCUACCGGGUCUGGGCGACCCUCGAUAACUCCACCGAACCCCUGAAGAGCGAAAGGUUCGAGGGAGAGAGGGGUUUCUCCAUUGUCCUUGCCCACACUGGCCUAUCCCUUGGGUCAUUCGUGACAGCUGUCAUCCUUGGGACUGAGCUGCGGUGGCUCGUUUCCCAGAGAAGACCCAGGAAGUACAAAGCCACUGAUCUAGUUCGUGCAUUAAUUGUCGGUGGCUGCGCUAAGCUCCUGGGACUCCUCGGGCUCGUCUGGCAAUAUGUCUCUCACGAGUUGCAUUACGCCCUCAUUCAUGGCUACACCAUGCUCUGUCUCCUGACAGCAUACUCAGUUGUCUGCGAGAGCGGAAGAGGUGGAUCACUGAUAGGUCUAGCUGCUGGCUUACUGGCACACAAUUACGUAUCAACAUGGGUGUGGCUGCCCUCGUCUAGCCAAAAUAUUACGAUAGUACAGAGUGAUAUUCGAGGCUAAUUCAACGUAGUGUGAUAUGAAUUGAUGGGGUGGGGGAAGAGGACGGGGGCAGGGGGGGAGGGUAGUGGAUUUAUUAAGCAUCUUUGACGGGAAGAACACUCCAGCCCAGAACGAGUCUGUCGAAUCCACAGGAGAAUAAGUUACAGGUUGCAUUUGAGUCUUCUGCCCAGGCCACUGAGCACACCAUUCGGCGAUGGCCCUAACGAUCAAUUCCAAAUUGUUAAUUGCGUAAUACGUGAGAUUUUUUUAGCAUCAGUUUUGAAAAUCGAAUGAUAAAUAUUAAAUAGAAUUUUUUUUAUGCUUGAAAAUAAGUAAAAAUGAAUAAAGGGGCUUGAGGGAAGGGAAACAACAUGUAAAACCCCGAGAGGGUAGACAUAUAGGCAAUAAAAUAAAAAUAAUUAAAAAUUAAUAAAUUGAAUAAAUUAUAUAUGAA